AUGUGUGGUGGAUGCUUCUGGAUGGCUGUGGAGGAGGCUGCGUGUGGGGACCGGAGGAGUGUGUGGGGACCGGAGGAGCGCGUGGGGACCGGAGGAGUGUGUGGGGACCGGAGGAGCGCGUGGGGACCGGAGGAGUGUCUCCGCGAAGGUGCUGCUGCUCAGACUGAUGGAGUGCCGUGUGCUCCGGCCAACUGGGCUCCCGGCUGCAGGACUGCCCACAUCGAUUCUUCACGCGAGCACCUCUGCUGCAGCUGGAAAAAAAAAACACGAGAAAGAUAG